AUGGCUGAUCCCAUAAAGACACUUGACAACGCAAGCCGCUACGGCGAUGCUUCAACCGUCUCGCGAAAGACAUACCCCGUUGCGGGGAUCCAAACCACAGUCUACGGUCUUGAUGAACUCCCCACACAAACCUCCGACAUUGCCUGUCUGUGGCUCUUACAUCCCAGAGGAGGUACCCAAGAACGCAUGAAAGGCAUUGGGACGACCAUCAUCGCGGAUUGGAACUCCAGGAACCCCACCAAGGGCCUCAUUGCUGUCGCAUUCGAUCAACGCAAUCAUGGAACGAGAGAGGUAGAUCCGCUGGCCAAUGAAGCAUGGAGACAGGGAAACCCUCGACAUGCUCAGGAUAUGUUCUCAAUUUUUCGUGAGUUGAGUCACUUGCUACCAGAGGAAAAUGUAGACACUAACAACUUUCCUUCUGGAACCACAGAGGGCACUGCCCGAGACGUAUCUCUUCUGAUUGAUUACCUCCCCUCCUAUGUGUUCCCCCGCUCCGAUCGCAAGAUCGUCGAUAAUCUGGUGUUGGGUGUUUCCCUGGGCGGCCAUGCAGCAUGGAGCUGUCUUCUGCAUGAACCUCGCAUAAGCGCCGGGGUCGUCGUCAUCGGCUGCCCGGACUACGUGAAUCUGAUGGCUGAUCGGGCCAGAUUAUCGAAGUUGCCAUCGUGGACGAGCACCGACACCCCAGGCUCUCAAUUCCUUGGCUCUGAGGCUUUUCCUUCAUCUCUACUGGAUGCUGUGAAGAAGUACGAUCCGGCCGGUCUGUUGUUGAGCCACGUGAAGUCGGCCUCGGAUGUCGGUCCUCUUCGCAGUGGACCAUUGCCGGAGCCGACGGAGAGCGAGAAGGCUGCGUUGCGACCGCUCCUUGCCCGUUCCAUAGCCGGAAAGAGGAUUCUCAAUUUGGCCGGCGGCAAGGACAAGUUGGUCCCUUAUCAUCGCGGGGAGGUGUUUUUGGCUUGGUUAAAGCAGGCUGUCGCUUCGCAGGGCUGGUUUGCCGAUGGUGCUGUGACCUUCGAAGAUAUCAUCGAUGAAGAGGCUGGGCAUGAUAUGACCGGGAAGAUGAUGGAUGAGGCAACUCGUUUCAUUCGUGAAACCCUGGAGGCCAGCAACAAAGCCCCAGAGAAGGUGGGGUCGGUGCGUGAAUCGAAGAUCUAG